AUGACGAAGAAAGAAGAAGAGCAUGUCGUAGAGUCUUUAAACCUCCCGGAUGUAGCAGGCAAACCAUCGACAAAGGUUGGGCCCAUGGGCUCGAGAGAAGACGUGAGUGGUAUGGGCGAUCGAGGUGUUACAGUGGUAUCAGAGCCAGAUCCAGAUAAGUGCGGAGUCAAGAAGGCUCUCACCGUCGGGGUGACGGUCAUGGUGCGCAACGAGGACGUUGGGAUCUAUAAUGUGGGUGAACUGUAA